CAGUUUUGUUAUUCUGCUCGUUGAGCUCAGUCGAAAAGUGCGUUCGCAUUGCGCACUUCAAGGCAAACUAACAAAAUAUUCACUAAAAAGCAUAAAUUAAAAUAAUGCGAAUAGUUAAAUAUAUAAAAGAACUUACAACUUAAGUUGUAAACGCAAUAGUACACUGAACACGACGUGCAAAACACAAAACGAACGCGCCUUUCGCAAUUGUCUCAAUUUGUGAGUGCCCGACUCGUCAGAUUUUUGUGAUUUGAGUGAGUUGGUUUUUUUGCGUGACCAAUAAGAACAGCGAUAAAGGCGUUUGCAAGUGCAUAAAAAACAAUACACAACGAAUUUGUUUAUAUCAUAUUUCUAAACAAAUACACGUCAAAUACAACAAAUACGAAUUUCACUUUUAAAGCGAGUGUAUAAGAAAAUACAAAAAGACUGCAACAACACUGCGCCCCACUCACGCACACCUCAGCGCACCAACACAAGUAAACAUUUACGCUCAGACACGCAUACACAGGCGCAACUGAAACGAGAUUUGGAGACUUGUGUCUGGUGGUAUGUGUGUGCAUGUUUGUGUGUAAGCGUGUAUUAGUGAGUUCGCCCCUCUUUAACGCUGGGCAGCGACUACGUACAGGCGAGCGCAAAAACCAACACUUUUGGCGCCAAAACUUUGACAGUUCGCUUAGUCGUGUAAUUCGCAAACAAGUGUCCAAAGUGUAGGCAGCAAAACUGCGUCGCAUCGCAGUCCAAACACACAGAAAACAAAAAUAGAAACGAAACAAACAAAUUUUAAAUAAAACAACCAACCAAAACAACAACAAAAACAUGGUCAGUGCACGCAUGCUCCAUCCGGUGGUGCGCAGUGAAUUCUGCAAGAUGAGCGUCAGUCGCAAUUCACCCUGCGGCCCACAAUUGGAACGCAUUAAGCGAAAUCUCUUCGGUGCAGCGCAGACGCCGCUGGUGGAAACCAAACCCUCCUUUAGCGCAGAGCUGGAACGCCAUCAAGAGUUGGCCACAAAGAAAUGGGGCUUUGAUUUUCGUAGCGAUCGCCCGCUGGCCACCAAUGCCAGCUACAUCUGGGAGCGCGUCAGCACACAGGAAUCGGACUAUGCGCCGCAAAUGUACACGCUCACCCGUGCCGCGCAUGUGCGUCCCGAUGCCUAUGACUCGGCCAGCGACAUGGAUGCGCUGCUGAAUGAGCGCGCCGAUCGCGAGAAUUUGGUCAACUCUUCGCUGGACUCCAAUACGGACACUGAGUAUGACUCACAGGAUGAGUCGCUGCCAUAUCGCUUCACCAGCAGCAGCAACAGCAGCGGCAACGUGGUCGCCUCCACUUCGGCCGCCGCUUUGACCGCCUCCUCCUCGUCCUCCGCCACCAGCAACUCGCCCGCGCAGCAACGCAAACGACAGCUCAAAAUCACAGAGUUCAUGAAGGAGCGCAAGCGUCUGGCCCAGGCGCCCAAAAAAAUCUCACCCGCCAAACGUCUGCGCACCAGCUCCGGCAGCGGCAGCAGCAACGCCAGCUCCAGUUCGAGUACAGCUCUAUUUGGUUGCCAGCUGAAGCGUACGCGUCACAAUUAAACUCAGACGGCUGAUGUGCGCCGCAUCCCAGCGAAAGUAGUUGCAACCUACUCGCCACCAAAAAGAAAAAAAAAAAAAAAAAAACGAAAGCGAGAAAACUCAAUUUGCAAUUUGUAUUUGUAAUAUUAAUUUUUAAUUUUUUAUAACACUGCAAACAAAAUACGUAAUUUUUUGUACACACUUCGAUGGCUAACAUUUUAAGUAGCUUUCACAUUACAUUUUUUAUACAAAUUAAGUACUCAUUUUUGUGCAGUGCAAGGGCGUAAGUUGCGAAUAUUAACAAAUAGUUUAACUAGUUUAAAUGCCAGUUACUACAACCAGUACUAGUACUAGAACAAAAUAGCGACUAAGCAUUUAAGUAUCGAGCUAUAUGAAACUUUUUAGAUUUCUCUAGUGAGAAAUGCCAUAAACUAAGUGAUUAGUUCUUAACAACAACAAAACAGAAACAACAAACAACAACAACCACACGAAACAACGUAAAAUUAAUUGUUAAAAGAAUAACAACAACAAAUUAUCUAGAGACACCUUCAAUGAAAUCCAUCUUUAACCAUGAAAUUUAAAAGCUACUAACGAAAUAUUUGUAAAUUCUAAAUUGAUAAAUUUUACCAGCAACUUUGUGGUUGCUUGUAAAAUUUACCAUGCAAAACUUAAUGUCGCUCUGCUUUACAAAAAUUUUACAUGUACACAUUUAUUUGUUUAUACACAUAUUUAUUUUUGUCGAAAAGCAGAGUCAUAUUGACUUUUUUUUCUCAAAACAGACCCUAAAACAAACAAUUAUAGGCCUACAAUUUUACAGUCAGGCUUAUGCUUGUUUUUGUUUUUGCGGCUGUAACUAAAGUCCUUAAUUCGACCAGUGUUAUAACCCAUAAAUUAAGCUUAAAUCCGUUGCCAAUUUGUGCGCUUUUGCAAAUAUAUAUUACCAUAUGUUGAUGUAUUUGUAAAACCACAUAAAUUGCCAAUUUGUAAACUCUCAACUGUAUAAAAUUAAUUUCCAUCCGUUGCCAAAUUGUUUGGCAAAUGAUGAAAGAGAUUUUGCUUAACUAUCAUGUACAAAUGCUAUUAUUGAUAAACAUUUAUAUAUAUAAACUAUUAUAUAUUUAGGCAGAGCCUAUAUUAUUAAAUAACAUUUUCACAGAUCAUCCUAAUUCAUAAGCCUAGCAUAGAACAAAAUCCAAAGUAUUCACUUAAUAUUUAUAUUUAAUUCAUAUUGUGUGUAUAAUCAAACUCAUACUUCAAUAAAAA